AUGACUGCUCCACUUUUGAAAGUUAUGCCUGAAGUGAAUAUCGCAACUUCACUCUCUUUAGGCCUAGGCUGCUUCAGGAAAUGGGAUGAGCUUCUCAGUGAUCGACCGGUUCCUCCGACCCGGCAGGAGCAGCAGUCAGAGAGGCUGGUGGAUGACGCUGCAGUUCCCCAGAUAACGCGAUUUGUUCGUGGCAACCGCGGCUGUGGACAUGUCUGCCAGUGCACGAUAAAUAUCGCUCUUGUCCAAGACCUCGGCAAACGAGCAUGCUCGCGAGCCAUUGCAGGGGGUGGUGCGGGCAUACGGCAUUCCACGGGAUCGAUUUCCUCGCAAUUGGCCAGGAAUGAUCCCCCACGCAAGCACGAGAUCAAAUUCGAUCUGGGGAGGAUUCGCUGCUCUACCAGAUCGACCCAAGAGCCCGCAAGUGCUAUGGAUUUCCUCAGGGGAAUUCAUGAAGCUCCACAGGAAUUUGAUGCAAUGCCAAGAAAACCUUUGGUAUCUUGGAACACCAUGCUUACAGUAUAUGCCCGUUCAGGGUAUUUAUCUCAAGCAAGAGCUUUGUUUGAUUUAAUGCCGAAUCGCAACACGGUGUCGUGGAAUGCAAUGAUAUCUGCAACCCUUAACCACGGAAACUUUCAAGAAGCCAAGGACUUGUUUGAUACAAUGCCUUAUCAAAACGCUGUGUCGUGUAACAUCAUGAUCGUAGCGUACACCAAUGAAGGGCGUCUCGAUCUCGCGGAGAAGCUCUUUGAUGCGAUGCCGAAGAGGAGCUUGUUGUGCUGUAACUCAAUGUUAAGAGGUUUCUUGCACUGCGACAUGCACGAUCGAGCAAUAUCUCUAUUCGAGACAAUGCCGCUGAGAGAUCUGGUGACUUGGACGACGAUGAUCCAUGGCUGCUCGCAAGAACAGGAGAUUCACGCUUUGCUCCACGGCCUCCCAGAGCACGACAUCACCUCUGCCAAUGCAGCAUUGGCCGCUUUCGCCCAAAACGGGCAUAUGGACUCCGCAAAAGCUCUGCUCGAAAGCAUGGAAUCUAGAGACUUGGUAUCUCUAAACACCAUGCUCACAAACGAGCACCACGUCGACGCAGCAAAGCUCGCCUUCGAUCGCAUGCCCGAGCGAGACGUGAUCACUUUCAAUGCGAUGAUCAAACUCCACGCCCAAUGUGGAGACACCGAGUCUUCCAAGUCGCUGUUUGAUCGCUGUCCAAGCACAAAUCUAUCGUCGUGGAACUUACUGCUACAAGCCUACGUCCAAAACGGACAUAUUGACGCAGGGAAGGGAGUGUUUGAAAGUAUGCCCGAGCGCAGCCCCGCCUCUCACACGCUCAUGGUCCAGGCAUAUGCCCUGGAAAGGCAUAUACCAGGCGUGGAAUAUGCGUGGACCAGCUCACCGUCGAGUGAUGUGGUUCUCACGACUGCCGUAUGCUUAGCAUAUGCCCAAGCCGGGCAUCUGGAGAAAUCGAUGGCUGUGUUCCAGAGUAUGCCACAGCAGCCAACCGCGGUUGCGUGGACCGCCAUGCUCACGAGCCUGGCAUAUUCUGGGGAUCGCGCCCGAGCGCUGUGGCUACUGCACGCCGUGAAGAUCCAGGGGAUAUGCCUGGAUGCGGUGGUGUUCAAGAGCGUGCUGAUUGCGUGUGUUCAUAUUGGGGUGCUGCGGCUUGCGAUUGAGCAGUUUGUGUCGAUGAGCUUUGAUUUUGGGCUUGGGCCUGGAAAAGAGCAUUACAGGUGCGUGCUCAACAUUUUGGCGAGGGUGGGUCAGCUCGAGCUUGCGGAAGAUUUGAUCGCCAACAUGCCGUUUGAGGAUGACGCGGUGGAUUGGGAGGCAUUGCUUGCCGCGUGCGUUGUUCAUAACGAUCGGCAACGAGGGAAAAGACUUGCUGCGAAGUUUGGAAGAAGAACUACUGUUGCUCAUGUUUUGCUAGCGAAUUUGUGUUCAACACGGUCUUUACAGUCAACGUGA